UCCGCCGUAACUAUAAACCUCAAAACGGUCGUAUCUUUGUAAGCCCCUCUCUGUUGCUUUCGAGAUGAGGAGGUUCUGUAAACAUUUAUCUGCGAUCGGAUUCAGAAACCCUUCAAACUCUUUCUCAAUCCGCAGCUUUAGUGUUAAUCCCUCAGUUGAACCGGCAUGCCAUUUAGCUGAUUUUAUUGUCUCUACGUCAUUUCUACAAACACCUUGUUCGGAGUCUGUCAAACUGUCGUUUCCCUUGAAUCCUCUUGUGGGGUUCGUGGUGUUCGCGCGGCGGUUUUGUUCAGAGGCUGUCCCUAUUGUUCCAAGUUUGGAAAGUGAGAAAGAGGAUAAAUGUUUGGAAAGUGAUGUCGAUAGGUUGUACAAUGCUGUCAUCGAUAACUCUAGUGCGUAUAAGAAUAUGGAGAAGGCUCUUGACCAAGUUGGUGUAGAGUUGACGAAUGAAUUAGUGGUUGAGGUUCUUCGUAGGCUUCGGUUCGAAGAGAAAAUAGCGUUUAGAUUUUUUACGUGGGCGGGGCAUCGAGAAAACUAUGCCCACGAGUCUCGGGCGUAUAAUGAUAUGAUUGACAUCCUGUCUAAUACAAAAUACAAGGUGAAGCAGUUUCGAAUUGUUUGCGAUUUACUGGAUUACAUGAAGAGGCGCGACAAGAACACGGUUCCCGUUGAAGUUCUGUUGAAAAUUUUGAGAGAUUACACUGAAAAACAUCUGACCUAUUUGCAUAAAUUUGCCAAGAAGAAGAGGAUAAGGGUGAAGACGCAACCGGAGAUCAAUGCUUUUAACUUGCUGUUGGAUGCUUUGUGCAAGUGCAGUUUGGUUGAGGAUGCUGAAGCCAUGUUUAAGAAGGUGAAGAACAAGGUUAAGCCUGAUGCUAACACUUAUAACAUAUUGUUUUUUGGGUGGUGUAGAGUUAGAAACCCAACUAGAGGAAUGAGAGUACUGGAAGAAAUGAUUGAAUUGGGUCAUACUCCUGAUAAUUUUACGUACAAUACUGCCAUUGAUACCUUUUGCAAAGCAGGGAUGGUGACAGAAGCAGCUGAACUCUUUGAUUUCAUGAGAACGAAAGGUUCCACGCUGUCUUCGCCUACUGCUAAAACUUAUGCAAUCAUGAUUGUGGCUCUUGUCCAGAAUGAUAGAAUGGAGGAGUGCUUUAAACUUCUAGGGCAUAUGAUAAACAGUGGUUGCCUUCCUGAUGUUACUACAUACAAGGAACUGAUUGAAGGGAUGUGUUUGGCUGGAAAGAUUGAGGAAGCGUACAAGUUCUUAGAAGAGAUGGGAAAUAAAGGUUACCCUCCGGAUAUCGUUACUUACAACUGUUUUCUUAAAGUCCUUUGUGACAAUAAAAAGAGUGAUGAAGCACUCAGGCUUUAUGGAAGAAUGCUUGAUAUGGAUUGUGUGCCUAGUGUGCAGACCUAUAAUAUGCUGAUUUCAAUGUUUUUUGAGAUGGCAGAUUCUGAUGGGGCGUUUGAGACUUGGCAUGAGAUGGAUAAGAGAGGCUGUGCACAAGAUAUGGAUACUUAUAGCUUGAUGAUUGAUGGGCUUUUCCGUUGUAACAAGGUUGAAGAUGCAUGUUCCCUUUUGGAAGACGUGGUAAACAAGGGAAUGAAAUUGCCAUAUCGGAUGUUCGAUUCAUUUUUGAUGCAACUUUCUGUGAUUGGUGAUCUCCGUGCCAUCCACCGGCUCUCGGAGCACAUGAGAAAGUUCUACAAUUCUGCCAUGGGAAGACGAAUUGCACUCAACCAGAAGCGAAAGAGCAUGAGUUUGAGAGGGAAGUAUUGAGAUUUCUAGAUUGGCUAUAUAACUAUCUUUUCAGUGUCUUUGUGGAGAUCACCUAUUGAGAUGUUUUUCUAACUGCUGGUGCUGCCUUAUCAUGCCAAAUGGUUGUAUUGCUGAAAGUACUCUUCUAGUUUACUGCUAGUACUACUGAGGUAUCUAAUCCCAUGGUUUGUUCCCCUAACUUUCGUCUCAGUGUGGUGUCAGCCCAGCAGAGUAGCGCUUUUGCUGUUGGGGUGAUUUCAGAUUCUCUACAUUUCACUGCUCCCCAGGAUGAGAUUGAGCUGCCAUCCGGUGGAGCAGUUACCUUCCUUGGAAAAUGCAAAAAGUGCAGCUGCCUUCUUUCCCAGAUUCUAUUUCUUGGCAGUAAAGUGCGGGAGGCUACGUGUCGGCAAGGAGGGAUCAUGGGCCAAUACUGUGUUUCUACUUUUUAGCAUUGAGGCACAUGUCUUCCAUGGACAUUGUGUUUCUAUGUCAGGUACUUCUCUGUCUGCAGUGAAGGUUAUCACUCUUGGUGACGAACCCAGUCCUGACGAAGAAACUGAAUUCAAAAGCUUGUAGUUUCUACUGAAACUUCAUAAAUAAUUUUCUUGGAGACUGCAUUGAUGCAGCAGGAUGUCAAUAAUUUCAACUAUAGAUCAUUUUAGGGGAUAGGAGUGAGCAGAAGGCAUUCAAACACACGAGAAUAACUUGUUUUAAUCCUGGUUCCUUCUGAAAUGACCACACAUUUGUGGCAUAUUGUUCAUGCACUCAGGAAGUUGAAUUGUCAGCCUUCAAAGAAUAUGAGAAAUAUAUGUUACACUAAACUUCAGCAGGCCAAUCUGAAAUAAUGUGAGGCUGGAUUCAAGCUGGGAACACCACUUUGUUCUAUGUGAUGCUAGGACUUGUACAUUUGGGACUUAUACUUACUCUUCAAGGAAAUCAGCAGACUUGGGACUUAUACUUACUCUUCAAGGAAAUCAGCAGACGGAGAAGUCUUGUUGCAAGUACUUGUAAUAAUGGUUUUUAUAGGGAUCAAUAUCUACAUCAGAGUAUUUGCAAAAGGAAUCUUCCAUUUCAGUUGCAGCACUCGAUUGUUUUUAGGAUAAUGGAUGUACGUUUGACUGAAACUACAUCAAAAUUGGAUAUGGCGAAACAGAUCAUGACUUGCAGAUUUUCCUUAUUCUACAGGCCAGCUGCAUUGUUCUACAGUAAUUGCAACCUUUGUGGAACACACUGUUUUGACAAAUGGAAGCCUGCCAUUGGAUAUCAAGUGUGUCAUCGUCUUAGUGGCAUUCUUUCAGUGAAUAUUGCUAGCUGCUGGCAGCUGCACUCUUGAGUAAUGUUUGAAGAUUCUUGAUGCUUUUUCUUGAUGAUUAUUCCCUCUAGACUAGUUUGUUAUAAGGUUAUAUACUCUCUCCAUCAGUCAAAUUUAGACACGACAACUGCAUGUUGCUAUCAUUUUGGACUUUUGUAAGCUAUUGAUAGAACUUACUCAUAGAAUCCUUAUGAGUUAAGCUAUCUUAAACCAAACAGUUCCAUGUAGUUACUAAAAUAUUAUUAUCAGAUGAUUUCCAGUUC